AUGUGGCGGCCGAUGCCGCUAUAAAGGCUUGUUUUGCUCAGGGGCUGAUGCUCCGGAGCGUGGUGGAGUGGCCGGUGCGGCCCUGCGGGAGCUGGGGCGCAGAAAUUCUGAAGUGAAACCAAGAGCCUAUGAGCCCUGGCAUCCUCACUCAGAGAAGAUGAAGGAUAUUGACAUAGGAAAAGAAUAUAUCAUCCCCAGCCCUGGGUAUAGAAACGUGAGCGAGAGAACCAGCACUUCGGGGCAGCAGAGAGAAUGUGAAGAGUCCAAGUUCAAGAGAACCCGUCCGUUGGAAUGCCAGGAUGCCUUGGAAACAGCAGCCCGAGCUGAGGGUCUUUCCCUGGAUGUCUCUGUGCAUUCUCAGCUGAGAAUCCUGGAUGAGGACCAUCCCAAGGGAAAGUACCAUCAAGGCUUAAGUGCUCUAAAGCCCAUCCGGACCACUUCCAAACACCAGCACCCAGUGGACAAUGCUGGGCUCUUCUCCCUUAUGACUUUCUCUUGGCUUUCUCCUCUGGCCAGCGUGGCCCACAAGAAGGGGGAGCUCUUGCUGGAAGACGUGUGGUCUUUAUCCAAGUACGAGUCUUCCGAUGUGAACUGUAGAAGACUAGAGAGACUGUGGCAAGAAGAGCUGAAUGACGUUGGGCCAGACGCUGCUUCCCUCCGAAGGGUUGUGUGGAUCUUCUGCCGCACCAGGCUCAUCCUCUCCAUCGUGUGCCUGAUGAUCACGCAGCUGGCUGGCUUCAGUGGACCAGCCUUCAUGGUGAAACACCUCUUGGAGUACACCCAGGCAACAGAGUCUAACCUGCGCUACAGUUUGCUGUUAGUCCUGGGCCUCCUUCUGACAGAAAUUGUGCGGUCUUGGUCGCUUGCACUGACUUGGGCGUUGAAUUACCGAACUGGUGUCCGUUUGCGGGGGGCCAUCCUAACCAUGGCGUUUAAGAAGAUCCUUAAGUUAAAGAACAUUAAAGAGAAGUCUCUGGGUGAGCUCAUCAACAUUUGCUCCAGCGAUGGGCAGAGGAUGUUUGAAGCAGCUGCUGUUGGCAGCUUACUGGCUGGAGGACCCGUUGUUGCCAUCUUAGGCAUGAUUUAUAAUGUGAUCAUUCUGGGACCAACGGGCUUCCUGGGAUCAGCUGUUUUUAUCCUCUUUUAUCCAGCAAUGAUGUUUGCGUCACGGUUCACUGCAUAUUUCAGGAGAAAAUGUGUGGCCGCCACAGACGACCGUGUCCAGAAGAUGAAUGAAGUCCUCACCUACAUUAAAUUUAUUAAAAUGUAUGCCUGGGUGAAAGCAUUUUCUCAGAGUGUUCAAAAAAUCCGAGAGGAGGAGCGUCGGAUAUUGGAAAAAGCUGGGUACUUUCAGAGCAUCACUGUUGGCGUGGCUCCCAUUGUGGUGGUGAUCGCUAGCGUGGUGACCUUCUCAGUCCACAUGACCCUUGGCUUCGAUCUGACAGCAGCACAGGCUUUCACAGUGGUGACUGUCUUCAAUUCUAUGACUUUUGCUUUGAAAGUAACACCGUUCUCAGUAAAAUCCCUCUCAGAAGCAUCUGUUGCUGCCGACAGAUUUAAGAGUUUGUUUCUAAUGGAAGAGGUUCACAUGAUAAAGAAAAAGCCAGCCAGCCCUCACAUCAAGAUAGAGAUGAAAAAUGCCACCUUGGCAUGGGACUCCUCCCACUCCAGUAUCCAGAACUCACCCAAGCUGACCCCCAAAAUGAAAAAAGACAAGAGGGCUGCCAGGGGCAAGAAAGAGAAGGUGAGGCAGCUGCAGCGCACUGAGCAUCAGGCGGUAUUGGCAGAGCAGAAGGGCCACCUCCUGCUGGAUAGUGACGAGCGGCCGAGUCCUGAGGAGGAGGACGGCAAACACAUCCACCUAGGCAACCUCCGCUUACAGAGGACACUGUACAGCAUCGACCUGGAGAUCGAAGAGGGUAAACUGGUUGGAAUCUGUGGCAGCGUGGGAAGUGGAAAAACCUCUCUGAUUUCAGCCAUUUUAGGCCAGAUGACACUUCUAGAAGGCAGCAUUGCAGUCAGUGGAACCUUCGCUUAUGUGGCCCAGCAGGCCUGGAUCCUCAAUGCCACUCUGAGAGACAACAUCCUCUUUGGGAAGGAGUUUGAUGAAGAAAGAUACAACACUGUGCUGAACAGCUGCUGCCUGAGACCUGACCUGGCCAUUCUUCCCAACAGCGACCUGACGGAGAUUGGUGAGCGAGGAGCCAACCUGAGUGGUGGGCAGCGCCAGAGAAUCAGCCUUGCCCGGGCCUUAUAUAGCGACAGGAACAUCUACAUCCUGGAUGACCCCCUCAGUGCCUUAGAUGCCCACGUGGGCAACCACAUCUUCAACAGUGCUAUCCGGAAGCACCUCAAGUCCAAGACUGUGCUAUUUGUUACCCACCAGUUACAGUACCUGGUGGAUUGUGAUGAAGUGAUCUUCAUGAAAGAGGGCUGUAUCACCGAAAGGGGUACCCAUGAGGAACUGAUGAAUUUAAAUGGUGACUAUGCCACCAUUCUUAAUAACCUGUUGCUGGGAGAGACACCCCCAGUUGAGAUUAACUCAAAGAAAGAAACUAGCGGUUCACAGAAGAAGUCACAAGACAAGGGUCCUAAAACAGGAUCGGUAAAGAAGGAGAAAGCAGUGAAGCCAGAGGAAGGGCAGCUGGUGCAAGCAGAAGAGAAGGGGCAGGGUUCUGUGCCCUGGUCAGUAUAUGGUGUCUACAUCCGGGCUGCUGGGGGUCCCCUGGCAUUCCUGGUCAUUAUGUCCCUUUUCAUGUUGAAUGUGGGCAGCACUGCCUUCAGCACCUGGUGGUUGAGUUACUGGAUCAAGCAAGGAAGUGGGAACACCACAGUGACUCAAGGGAACAGGACUGUGGUGAGUGACAGCAUGAAGGACAACCCUCUCAUGCAGUACUAUGCCAGCAUCUACGCCCUGUCCAUGGCAGUCAUGCUGAUCCUGAAAGCCAUUCGAGGAGUUGUCUUUGUCAAGGGCACACUGCGAGCCUCAUCCCGGCUCCAUGAUGAGCUGUUCCGCAGGAUCCUUCGAAGCCCUAUGAAGUUUUUUGACACGACUCCCACGGGGAGGAUUCUCAACAGGUUUUCCAAAGACAUGGAUGAAGUUGAUGUGCGCCUGCCAUUCCAGGCUGAGAUGUUCAUCCAGAACGUCAUCCUGGUGUUCUUCUGUGUUGGGAUGAUUGCAGGAGUUUUUCCUUGGUUCCUUGUGGCAGUAGGACCCCUCGUCAUCCUCUUUGCAGUUCUCCAUGUUGUUUCCAGGGUUUUAAUUCGAGAAUUGAAACGCCUGGACAAUAUCACGCAGUCACCUUUCCUCUCACACAUCACGUCCAGCAUACAGGGCCUUGCCACCAUCCACGCCUACAACAAAGGGCAGGAAUUUCUGCACAGGUACCAGGAGCUGUUGGAUACCAACCAAGCUCCCUUCUUCUUGUUCACGUGUGCCAUGAGGUGGCUGGCCGUGCGGCUGGACCUGAUCAGCAUCGCCCUGAUCACCACCACGGGGCUGAUGAUUGUCCUCAUGCAUGGGCAGAUCCCCCCGGCCUACGCGGGUCUCGCCAUCUCUUACGCUGUGCAGUUAACGGGACUAUUCCAGUUUACUGUCAGACUGGCAUCUGAGACAGAAGCUCGAUUCACCUCGGUGGAAAGGAUCAACCACUACAUUAAGACUCUCUCCUUGGAGGCACCUGCCAGAAUUAAGAACAAGGCUCCCUCCCCUGACUGGCCCCAGGAAGGAGAGGUGACCUUUGAGAAUGCAGAGAUGAGAUACAGAGAAAAUCUCCCUCUGGUCCUCAAGAAAGUGUCCUUCACCAUCAAACCUAAGGAGAAGAUUGGCAUUGUGGGUCGGACAGGAUCAGGAAAGUCCUCUCUGGGGAUGGCCCUCUUCCGCCUGGUGGAGUUAUCUGGAGGCUGCAUCAAAAUUGACGGAGUGCGAAUCAGCGACAUUGGCCUUGCCGACCUCCGAAGCAAACUCUCCAUCAUCCCUCAAGAGCCAGUACUGUUCAGUGGCACUGUCAGAUUAAACCUGGACCCCUUCAACCAGUACACGGAAGACCAGAUUUGGGACGCGCUAGAAAGAACACACAUGAAAGAAUGUAUUGCUCAGCUACCUCUGAAACUCGAAUCUGAAGUGAUGGAGAAUGGGGAUAACUUCUCUGUGGGGGAACGGCAGCUCUUGUGUGUAGCAAGGGCCUUGCUCCGACACUGUAAGAUCCUGAUUCUAGAUGAGGCCACAGCUGCCAUGGACACGGAGACAGAUUUACUAAUUCAAGAGACCAUCCGAGAAGCAUUUGCAGACUGUACCAUGCUGACGAUUGCCCACCGCCUACACACAGUUCUAGGUUCUGACAGGAUUAUGGUGCUGGCCCAAGGACAGGUGGUGGAGUUUGACACCCCAUCAGUCCUUCUGUCCAAUGACAGCUCCCGGUUCUAUGCCAUGUUUGCGGCUGCUGCAGAGAACAAGGUUGCUGUCAAGGGCUAACUCCUCCCCCACGAUGAGUCUUCUUUCUCCGGAGCAUCGCCAAUCCCUGCCUGGGGCGGGCCCCUCAGCGUCUCCUCCUGCCAAAACCUGGCCUUUCCCGAUUUUAUCUUUCGCACAGCAGUUCAGGAUUGGCUUGUGUGUUUCACUUUUAGGGAGAGUCAUAUUUUGAUUAUUGUAUUUAUUCCAUAUUCAUGUAAACAGAACUUAGUUUUUGUUCUUAAUUGCACUCUAAAAGGUUCAGGGAACCGUUAUUAUAAAUGUAUCAGAGGCCUAUAAUGAAGCUUUAUACGUGUAGCUAUAUCUAUAUAUAACUCUGUACAUAGCCUAUAUUUACAGUGAAAAUGUAAGCUGUUUAUUUUAUAUUAAAAUGAGCACUGUGCUGAUAGCAGUGCAUAUUCCUUUCUAUCAUUUUUGUACAGUUUGCUGUACCAGAGAUCUGGUUUUGCUAUUAGACUGUAGGAAGGGUAGCAUUUGUUCUUCCUUAGCUGGUCGUUUCGCGGUGCCAGGUGUUCUGGGUGUCCAGAAGGAAGAUGUGUGGCCAUAGUGGGUCCGUCAGCGGCCCCCUCUGCUGCCUCCCCACAGCCCCUCUGGGGACGGGGAUGGCGAAGACCAUACAGAGCACCGUGAAUUCUCAGGGCUCCUGCUUUCUGUCCUGUGUCACCUCACUGUUUGUCAGGAGAGCAGUGGGGCAAAGCCCCAGACCCCGUUAUACUCCCUCCAUCGGGAAUGAGAAGCACAGAAACAUUCCUCGGAGAGAGGGAGUUUCCUUCCUGCCUUCCUCUUUUGCUGUUGUUUCUAAACAAAAAUCAGUCUAUUCACAGAGUGUCCCACUGCCUCAGGUUCCUCACGCUGGCCACUGCACAGAGCUCUCCAGCUCCUAGACCUGUUGGCUCCUGGAGCCAACCGCUGCUUUUAUGGGUGGUACUUUUUCAUUUGCCUGUGCCCACACCUCCACAGUUCAGUGACAGGGUUCAGGAUUCCGUGGGUCUGUUUUCUUUCUCACUGCAGUUGUCGCACUGUCUCUUUUUCUCUCUGUCUCUCUCUCUCCAAAGUCUGCGACUUCAAGCAGCUCUUGCUAAUCAGUGUCUCACACUGGCAUAGGAGUUUUUUGUACUGUAAAGAGACCUACCUCAGGUUGCUGAUUGCUGUGUGGUUCAGUGUGUUCCCGCAAACCCUCCUCGUGCUGUGAGGCCAGUAGCUCAGGUGGGCGUGGUCGCUGCUGUCAUCAGUCAAACGGUCAGCGUUGCAUGUCGUGACCAACUAGACAUUCUGUCGCCUUAGCAUGUUUGCUAAACACCUUGUGGAAGCAAAAUCUGAAAAAGUGAAUAAAAUUAUUUUGGAUUUUGUAAAA